AUGGGUCAGGUUGAGAGCAGAGAGGAGGGAGUCCUUCCCUCCAAAACCUCCCCCAGGGGAAAACCUGAGAGAGAAGAAGAGAGAGAGCCUGAACCUGGUCCCAGCUGUGUGUCCUUGAAGAGUGAUGCAUCAAAGGAUUUACCUAUCCUUUUUAAAGAUGCUCCUGGUUUUCCUUCAGACGGACGGUUGUUGAUGUUUCCAGAAACACAGCAGACUAUAAAGGGGGUGUUGGAGUCUCUUCUGAGUGACUGUAGUUCAGCGAUCCCAGAGUCCCCCAGUGGUCCGUCUGUCCAGCAGCAUCAGACCCAGCUGGACUCCAUCUUUCAGCUGCUGGAGGACGACAUCAUCAUGUUUGUGAAGGACGAGCUGAAGAAGAUCCAGAAGGUUCUGAGUCCAGAUUACCCAGAAUCCUCAGAGAGUCUGGAGGAUGAUGAAGAUGAAGAGCAGAAGAGCAUCAGAGAGACAUUCAUGAAGAUCACGGUGAAGUUCUUGAGGAGGAGGAAGCAGGAGAAGCUGGCUGACCUCCUGCAGAGAAAAACCAUCGCUGCCGUUUGUCAAUCCAAACUCAAACGUCAGCUGCAGAAGAAGUACCAGCAUGUGUCUGAGGGGAUUGCUAAAGCAGGAGAGAAAACCCUUCUGGAGCAGAUCUACACGGAGCUCUACAUCACAGAGGGAGGGGCCGGAGAGGUCAACCAUGAACAUGAAGUCAGACAGAUUGAAGCAGCUUCCAGGAAACCACACAGAGCAGAAACAGCCAUCAGACAGGAAGACAUCUUUAAACCCCCACCUGGAAGAGAUGAACCAAUCAGAACGGUGAUGACGAAGGGAGUGGCCGGCAUCGGGAAAACAGUCCUAACACAGAAGUUCAGUCUGGACUGGGCUGAAGGCAGAACCAACCAGGACAUCCAGUUCCUGCUUCCAUUCACCUUCAGACAGCUGAAUGUGCUGAGAGAGAAGAAGUUCAGCUUGGUGGAACUAGUUCAUCACUUCUUCUCUGAAACCAGAGGAAUCUGCAGCUUUGAAGAGUUCCAGGUCGUGUUCAUCUUUGACGGUCUGGAUGAGAGUCGACUUCCUCUGGACUUCCACAACUCUACAGUCCUCAGUGACCCCAGAAGGUCCACCUCAGUGGACGUGCUGCUGACAAACCUCAUCAGGGGGAAACUGCUUCCUUCUGCUCGUCUCUGGAUCACCACACGACCCGCAGCAGCCAAUCAGAUCCCUCCUGAGUGUGUUGACAUGGUGACAGAAGUCAGAGGGUUCACUGACCCACAGAAGGAGGAAUACUUCAGGAAGAGGUUCAGAGAUAAGAAACAGACCAGCAGGAUCAUCUCCCACAUCAAGACAUCACGGAGCCUCCACAUCAUGUGCCACAUCCCAGUCUUCUGCUGGAUCACUGCUACGGUCCUGGAGAACGUCCUGGAGAACGUCCUGGAGAGCAGAGAGGGAGGGGGGCUGCCCAAGACCCUGACUGAGAUGUACAUCCACUUCCUGGUGGUCCAGGCCAAACUGAAGAAGGUCAAGUAUGAUGGAGGAGCUGGGACGGAUCCACACUGGAGUCCAGAGAGCAGGAAAAUGGUGGAGUCUCUGGGAAAACUGGCUUUUGAGCAGCUGCAGAAAGGAAACCUGAUCUUCUAUAAGAAAGACCUGAGAGAGUGUGGCAUCGAUGUCAGAGAGGCUUCAGUGUACUCAGGAGUGUUCACCCAGAUCUUUAGAGAGGAGAGCGGCCUGUACCAGGACCAGGUCUUCUGCUUCAUCCAUCUGAGUGUCCAGGAGUUUCUGGCUGCUCUUCAUGUCCAUCUGACCUUCAUCAAGUCUGGAGACAACCUGCUGGAGGAAGAGAAGAACACCUUCAGGUGGUUUAAAAAAAGAGCUAUGACUGACCUCUAUCAGAGUGCUGUGGACAAGGCCUUACAGAGUCCCAACGGACACCUGGACUUGUUCCUGCGCUUCCUCCUGGGUCUUUCAUUGGAGACCAAUCAGAACCUCCUACGAGGUCUGCUGAAACCAAAACACAGAAGUUCACAAAACAAUCAGGAAACAGUUGAAUACAUAAAGAAGAAGAUCAGUGAGGAUCUGUCUGCAGAGAGAAGCAUCAACCUGUUCCACUGUCUGAAUGAACUGAACGAUCGGUCUCUGGUGGAGGAGGUCCAACAGUCCCUGAGGUCAGGACGUCUCUCCACAGAUAAACUGUCUCCUGCUCAGUGGUCGGCUCUGGUCUUCAUCUUACUGUCAUCAGAAGAUCUGGAGGUGUUUGACCUGAAGAAGUUCUCAGCUUCAGAGGAGGCUCUACGGAGGCUGCUGCCGGUGGUCCAAGCCUCCAAGAAAGUUCUACUGAGUGGGUGUAACCUCUCAGGGAACAUCUGUCCACUUCUGUCCUCAGUUCUCAGCUCUCAGUCCUCCGGUCUGACAGAACUGGACCUGAGCAACAACGACCUGCAGGAUUCUGGACUGGAGCAGCUGUGUCCUGGACUGGAGAGUCCACACUGUCACCUGGAGUCUCUCAGGCUGUCAGGCUGUCUGAUCUCAGAGGAAGGAAGUUCUUCUCUGGUCUCAGCUCUGACGUCCAACGCCUCCCACCUGAGAGAGCUGGACCUGAGCUACAACCAUCCAGGAGAGUCAGCAGGGAAGCUUCUGUCUGGACUGGAGGAUCCCCGCUGGAGACUGGAUACUCUCAGGGUGGAGCCUGCUGGACAACGAUGGCUGACACCAGGAGGUCCGAGGAAGUAUUCCUGUCAACUCACCGCUGACACUAACACAGUCCACAACUACAUCAAACUGUCUGAUAACAACAGGAAGAUGACACGUGUGUUGGAGGAUCAGUCAUAUCCUGAUCAUCCAGACAGGUUUGAUGUCUAUCCUCAGCUUCUGUGUAGAGAAGUUCUGACGGGUCGCUGUUACUGGGAGGUCGGGUGGAUCGGACAUGUUUCUGUAUCAGUGAGUUACAGAAGAAUCAGCAGGAAAGGAAACUCUGGUGACUGUAGGUUUGGAGGAAACGAUCAUUCCUGGAGUCUGAACUGUGAUCCAGGUCUUCUAGGUUAUCAGUACUGUGUCUUGCACAAUAACAGAGAAACAUACAUCACCUCCUCAUCUCCAUGUCCAGACUCUGACAGAGCAGCAGUUUACGUGGACGUUCCUGCUGGAACUUUGUCCUUCUAUGAAGUCUACUCUGACAGACUGAUCCACCUCCACACCUUCAACACCACCUUCUCUGAACCUCUCUGUGCUGGAUUUGGACUCUGGCCCUGGUCCUGGCCUGAUUCCUCAGUGUCUCUGGGUCCAGUUUAGUCUCCAGAGUCUCCUGUCAGAGAAACUGUCUCUGCUGGAUCCUGGACUUGGACUCUGGUUCUGGUUCCUCAGUGUCUCCA